CACACGGUGCACGCCCCUCCCUCGCGGGGGUGGAUAUUACCCAGCCUCCUCCGCAGGCAGCGCUCACACCGCUGUCCGGGAUCCAGCUGCAGUUUCUCGGCCGCUGUGUGUGAAGGUACGCGGGACAAACGCAGACAAAGGUGUACGGCAGGACAGAGGGUGGAGGCGGCCAGGACGGAGCGCUGUUUUCGGGACUUUUGUGGAGGUUUGUGACCGGAGAAGGACGCCGCGGGUCGGUGUAUGUUCCAGCCGGAGGCAGCGACCAUCAGAGAGUCGUGGGAGCCGCCGGGCAGCAGCGCGCCCCCGGCAUGACCGUGACCUGGACCCGCGUCCUCCUCCUGGAGCUGCUGCUGCUACUGCUGCUGAGAGUGCAGGUGUCUUCGGCCUCGGGAAACUUUGAGAUCCAGAUCCUGUCGAUGCAAAACUUUAACGGACGCCUGCAGAGCGGCGCCUGCUGCGACACGCUGCAGUACGCGGGGGAUCAGCGGUGCAACAAGGCGGACGAAUGUGACACCUACUUCCGGGCGUGUUUGAAGGAGUACCAGCUGAAGGUGAACCCGACCGGGCCCUGCAGCUUUGGCUCCGCAUCCACGCCCGUGCUCGGAGGGAAUAGCUUUUCGUUCCCGAACUCCAGAAGUGAUGACGCCCGGAUUCUGGUCCCGUUCAGCUUCGCGUGGCCGAGAUCAUACACACUGAUCAUCGAAGCCUUGGACUUUAACAACGACUCGUCUUCAGCCAGUUCUGGUCCUGGUUCUGGUUCUGCUGUGAUUGACAAGGCCGUGCACUCGGGGAUGAUCAACCCCAGUCGUCAGUGGCAGAACCUGAGACACAACGGUGCAGUGUCUCAGUUCCACGUGCAGGUGCGUCUCACCUGUGACGAGCACUACUUCAGCUUCAGCUGCAACAAGUUCUGCCGACCGCGCGACGACUUCUUCGGACACUAUGAGUGUGACCACAACGGCAACAAGACGUGUUUGGACGGCUGGACCGGACCAGACUGCAACACUGCCCUCUGCAGACAGGGCUGCAGUAAACAUCAUGGCUCCUGUAAAACACCUGGAGAGUGCAGGUGUCUGUAUGGAUGGCAGGGUGAAUACUGUGAUCAGUGUAUUCCUCAUCCAGGCUGUGUUCACGGCAGCUGUGUGGAGCCGUGGCAGUGUCUGUGUGACACUAACUAUGGAGGACAACUCUGUGACAAAGAUCUGAACAUGUGUCUGACGCGGCAUCCAUGUUUGAACGGAGGCACCUGCAGCAACACAGGGCCAGACAAAUACCAGUGCUCCUGUCAGGAGGGCUUCUCUGGUGUCAACUGUCAGAGAGCAGACCACGUCUGUGUGUCUCACCCCUGUAUGAACGGAGGCAGCUGUGUUGAGACCGGUCAGGGUUUUGAGUGUCUCUGUGGUCCCGACUGGACCGGACCCUCCUGCUCCAUCAAUGUGGACGAGUGUCUGCUGAGUCCCUGCAGUCAUGGAGGGACGUGUCAGGACCUGGUCAACGGCUUCACGUGUGUCUGUCCCCCUCAGUGGACCGGGAAGACCUGUCUCAUUGAUGCCGACGAGUGUGAGGACGGCGACCCCUGUGUCAACGCCAAAUCCUGCCGGAAUCUGAUUGGCGGAUACUUCUGCGAGUGCCUGCCUGGGUGGACGGGUCCGAACUGCGACACGAACGUCGAUGACUGUGGCUCUCAGUGUGAGAACGGAGCGCUGUGUGAGGACCUGCUGAACGGUUACAGGUGUGUGUGCGCGUCGGGGUUCAGCGGUGAACACUGUGAGAAGGACGUGGAUGAGUGUGACAGUGGACCUUGUCUCAAUGGCGGCCGCUGUCAGGACCGAGUCAACGGCUUCCACUGUGUUUGUCCUCCUGGUGUCUCCGGGAGUCACUGUCAGUUGGACAUCGACUUCUGCGUCGACGCUCCGUGUCAAAAUGGCGGAAGGUGCUUCAACUUGGCGAGCGACUACGUUUGUGAAUGUGGUGAAGAUUACGACGGCAGGAACUGUUCCAGGCUGAAGGACCACUGUCUCACUGCGUCCUGCAAAGUGAUUGACAGCUGCACCAUCGCGGUUGCGUCUAACAGCACGUCCAGCGGGGUGCGCUUGGUUUCGUCUAACGUGUGCGGCCCACAUGGAUGGUGCCGCAGCGGCACUGGGGGACAGUUCAGCUGCGAGUGUGAGGACGGCUUCACAGGAGCAAACUGUCACCAGAACAUUAACGACUGUGAGAGCGCCCCCUGUCUGAACGGAGGCACCUGCAUCGAUAGAGUGCGUCAGUAUCAGUGUAUCUGUGCUGAAGGCUGGGACGGCGCCACCUGUCACAACAACGUGGAUGACUGUGGCUCCGCCCCCUGUCAGAACAGAGGCGUGUGUCACGACCUAGUGAACGACUUCUACUGCGAAUGUCGCGAUGGCUGGAAGGGAAAGAGCUGUCAAUCAAGAGCGAGUCAGUGCGACGCGGCGACCUGUAACAAUGGAGGAACCUGCUAUGACCAAGGCCACGCCUUCAAGUGUGCGUGUGACGCCGCCUGGGAGGGAGCCACCUGUAGCAUUGCGAGGAACAGCAGCUGCUCGUCGAGUCCCUGCGAGAACGGAGGGACCUGCGUCGCAGAGGGAAACUCCUUCAGCUGCGUGUGUAAGGACGGCUGGGAGGGCGCCACCUGCAGCCACAAUAGCAACGACUGCAGUCGUCAUCCAUGUUAUAACGGAGGACGCUGUGUGGACGGAGAGAACUGGUAUCGGUGUGAAUGUGCCGCAGGUUUUGCUGGAGCCGACUGCAGAAUCAACGUUAAUGAGUGUCAGUCGUCGCCGUGUGGCGUCGGCUCGACCUGCGUGGACGAGAUUAACGGUUACUACUGCGUCUGUCCACCAGGGGGCGCCGGGCCUCGCUGUGACCGAGCUGCAGGGGGGACGUGUCGGGUCAAAGGUCAGGUGGUUGUGGACGGACACCGGUGGGACGAGGACUGUAACAGCUGCCGCUGCCAUGGCGGACGAGUCGCCUGCACCAAGCUUCGGUGUGGACCUAAACUCUGCAGCCUCCCCGCUCAGACUCGCCGCUCAGGUUGUCCACCCGGUCAGACCUGCGUCGCCGUCCAGGACGAACGCUGCUUCGUCAAACCCUGCCUCAGUCAGGGGGAGUGCUGGAGCCCCGCCCACCGGGCCCCGCCUACAACCAGGUGUCACCCAGAGAGCGGCUGUGCCAACGUCACCUUCACCUUCAACAAGGACGUCAUGGCAAAGGGCGUGAUGGUGGAGCAGGUUUGUCGUGAGCUCAGGACUCUGUACGUCCUCCAGAACCUGACAUCAGGCUCCUCCCUUUCUGUGACCUGCGAGCCGUCACUCAGCGCUAGCAACGAGAUCCACAUCGCUAUCACGACGGACGAGCAGGCGCAAGGUCGGACCUCUGUCAUGGAGGUCACGGACAGGAUUGUGGAUGUAGUCAGCAGAAGGCGCAGUAACGGCACCAUCAUCAGCGCCAUCACAGAGGUCCGUGUCCAGAGAAGACAAGACCAGAACGACCAGAACCCUAAAGACUUCCUGGUUCCUCUGCUCGUCUCCAUGGUGAUCGUCGUGUGGGCGUUGGCGGUCGCGCUGAUGUCGCGCUGGUGCUUGAAGAGACACAGGAAGUCGAGCGCUCACACGGGCACCAGCGCGCAGACCUCGACGUCUUUGACGGACGACAACAACGCUCUGCACAGCAGUGUUAGCUCCGCCCCCGAACAGCUCAACCACAUCAAGAACCUCGUCGAGAAAAACCAAGCGAACCACCAGCAGCAGAAGCUUUUCCACCUCCGUCAUCAUCAUCAUCAUCAUCAUCAUCAUCAUCAACGCCGCCUCCACGAGGACAAGAACGCCAUCAUCGCCACGGUCAGGAAGUCUGACGGUGGCAGCCAAUCAGGCGAGGACGAGGUGGACAAGCGGCUGCAGAAGGCGCGGUCGUCACGGGAACCGCUGGCGUAUUCACUGGUAAACUUUGAGGAACGACAUCAUCGUCACUGGACGGACAAACAGGACAACAGACAACUGCGGUCUGUAAACAGGGCGGAGUUUAUCGUCUAAGUGACCGGGACUUUGGUGUGAGAGAGUGAGUGACUUUACACUCUGUGUUCACUGUGUUCUCAGCAGCAGGGGGCGCUCACAGCUCACAGCACAGUGACUACUGACUGAAGUGUCUCUGUACAGAAUUGUGUAUAUUUGAUUUAUUAACUUAACAUUUUCCUCUUUAAUUUAUGAGUUCGCUGUUAAACGGUUACUUUUUUAUAUACAUUUGUAUUUUUGUGCCUCCAUUAAAUGUUUUAUACAUUUUUCA